AUGUCGGACAACAACGCCAACGGAGAGAUGGAUGCCAGUGAACUGGGCAAUAAUCAGUUCAAGAUGCGACAGUUCACGAAAGCAAUCGCAUCUUAUCAGAAAGCUGCUGCUCUAAACCCAGAUGAUUAUCGUCCCUUACUGAACAUCUCUGCCGUCCACUACGAGCUCGACAACUACACCAAAGUGAUCAAGGACGUACGCCAAGCACUCUCCCUGAUACCAGUAGCCAACAAUGGCGCAAUCUCAAAGGCGCCUUUGCGUGCAUCCAAAGAACAAAUUCAUCUCAAGCAGUAUAACCAAGCGCACGAGCUCGUGGAGAGGUUGGGCGAGUCGACUUCGAAGGCCGAGAUAGAACGAUGUGUUACGCUAGGUCAAGAGUCUGAGGCAGCAAAAGCAGUCGGAUCGGGUGUCAGGGGUCUAUCACACUACAAGCCCGCCAUUGCCAUUGCGCCUGGUUACUUCAACAUCGGCAACGACGAAGCUAUGCCGCUAUUUGAUCAUCUGCUCAUAUCGAAUACGUCGGCUUCCGAGACCAUCAAUUACUUCCCCGGAGGCAUUGGCGAUGCUAGACAGCUUUUUCAGACGAUCCGGAUGAUCUGGGCUAUCGAGAGCGAGAGCAUCAACAAAGGUCGGGUGCUGGACCGAUGGGCGGAGAUGAAGAAGUGCAAUUACCAUUUCACUGUGAACGACAUCAAUGGCUGCGCAUUAGCUCGUCAUCUCCUUGUUUUACUUCUACUCGAAGAAAUCGCAGAUGCUGUUGGCACCACAGCGCCGGACCAAGUCAAGAAGCCUCCUGUCGCCUUGGUCACACUAUUCUUCCUGUAUGCCGGCUACGCCAUGUCCGCUCCGAACUAUGAAUACCUACAACAGACAACCAGUCGUGCCCUUCAUGUUUUGGCCGGAGAUACAACACUGCCAGGCUUUCUGUUUGUGUACGAAUACGGGCGCGAGUCAAUAAUCACUGCUCUUCAACAAUGGCAGAAAGCAACGGCUGAUGCCUUUCCUGCCCAUAAUCUUGUCUCCCAAGUCAAGGCUACUAUACAGCGUUGGAAGGAAAAGGGUCAGAAGACUGAAGUCGCGGGUAUGGCUUCAGGCGGAUGCCACGAAGAGCUUCAGUAUUGGAUCGUUUCCGGUUUGUUUUUACCACCUGAUGACGAGAUACCGCGCACCCUCAGAAAGCUUCUCAAGAUGCUCAUACGUGGCCAGAGUGCGAUGAACCUGAAGCACUACAUCGAACAGAACUGGAAGCCCAACGUAACGCUUGCAGAUAUGACCAACUUGAACGAAAUAAAACAAGACGUUUUCGCGGUUCACAAUCCGUUCCGGCUCGCUAGCAUGCCAUACGCAUGCACAAACAUUGGCAAGGACCCGGAAACCCCUCAAAACUUAUACGACUACCUAGCACCGUUCUUUAUUCAUACCGCGCAGGCAUUGCGCGGUCUAGCUGGUCGCCUACAUGUCGAAAUGAUGACAGGUGACGUAACAGUGGCACUCGGAAGAAUCACGAAGCAGGAUGUCAAAGAUCGACCCAAGCACUUUCCUCAGCGCUACGGUCGUAUACAUCUCAGUAAUAUUCCAGACUAUGUGGGUGGAUCACUGUUUACUUAUAUUCACGUCCUGCCACUGCUGAAGGAUAAGCCAUCUGCUUUUGCUCUGGCAAACAAUUGCCGUAACGAGGCUGCAUUUCCUUCGGUAGAAGUGUUCAACAGCAAGUAUACUACGGUUCAUGCGGGCACCGGAACCAGUGAUAUAGCUACAGGAUAG